AUGGCUACACGACCUGGAGAGGAUCUGGCAGCUACCCUCUUUGCAGAUGUACAUUACUACUACGGUCCUCCAAAUGCGAAACCUCCCCAUCAUCGAUUCGAUAAGAGUUCAUAUAUUUAUCUGUUUGAAAAUGCUUCUCAGCGGAGGGCGAGAAUAGAGGUUGCCAACAAUGCAGGAACACCGGAGCAGGAUGCGUUCAAUGGCUAUCUGGAUAAUGCGCAUGUCCACUACUCGUACAAGCAUUCCACUCUUGUCACCGUAACGGUCGAUGGAACUGGUCAACCAAGUGCUGUUCAAAAUACUCAAGAAUGGCAUCUGCCAACUUUCGAUCCUCGAAACGAGAACAAAUAUAUGUAUAGGCUUCAUACAGUGGACUUGUACUUCUGGGCCAAGGAAGAUGCGAUUGUGUUUGUGAAUGGUAUCAGAAGAGUCUUGCCUCCACAACAAAUUACAGUUCAGGAUGAACCUACGGCGCCCCCACCUCACCAAGAGGAAAUGAGCCCAGUGGUCCAGCAAUUGGAGAAUAUUGCAAUCUCCGAUCCUUCAUAUCAACAAGGACGUACUCGAGAUUCCCGAACAACAAGUUCUUCCGUGUCAGGUCCACCAAUAUCAGCCACUCCUCAGGGCCAGGAAGCUUCAAACUUCGCGUCAAUGGCCUACAACCCCGCAGCACCCGCAGCCCCAGAAGCUAUUCGUCAUAGGGAGAAGACUCCUCCACCAGAAGAUGGAGCAGGCAAUCCUCUCAUGGCAGCCGCAACAACAGACCAAGGCCAAGCCUUUGGCGCCCCUCCCUACGGCCAACAAGGCUUCUCAGGCCCACCCGGACAACCCGGUCCUUACUUCCCCAGCGCGCUCUCAGGCCCAGCACCACCCUCUCAAUUCGCCCAGCAACAGCAAACCCAACCAGGACCCCAAUCGCCCUUCGCUCAACACUUCCAGAACACAUUCGCGCCGCCUCCUACUGCGGACACAAGAAAUGCUCCCUACGCACAACCACCACCCAGCGCCCCUCCAGCCUAUCAAGCCCAUAUCCCGGUAACCCAGCAAUUUGCCCAAUACCCCGGUUCCCCAGGUCUCUCAUCCCCAGGAAUGAACACUCCCGGUAUUUACUCACCCGGCCUCACUUCUCCAAACGCGCAAUUCAUGCCAGCGCAAGAUCCCGUGCCAGGGAUAUCGCACUCGGUUACGGCGCCUCCGGGAGGGUUUUCGCAGUAUAAUUAUCAGCAGACGAGUAAUACGAAGCCGUUGAUGACGGAUUACAGUAUUCAUCAGCAAGUUUAUAGGCCGACGGACACGGAAGCGAAGGGGCAUAGUAAGGGGAAGGAGUUGGCGCCGCCGAGGGGCAAGUUGGAGGCUGGGGCGGGGAGUUUGGAGAGGAGUGUUACGGGGUUGUUGAAGAAGUUGGAGAAGAAGAUUGGGUAG